AUGGUGGAUGCCGCAUCUGCUGUAGCAUCAACAGGCCUUUUUGCCACUUCGUAUGAUAAUAUCAACAUGGUGUUCCGUGCAGCUGAGCAAAUUGUUGGGUGGACAGAUGCUCAGGAGAAUGGCACAUGUGCCACAAUUUGGCCGCUGUGGAAGGCAAGACUGGAAGACAUGAAAGUCGAGGACCUGACUUCCACCUUUGAUCAAGCACCCCUGCUCUCUAUUCAUGAUAUAAUUGUGACAUAUGGUGGUGAGGGUUUUGAGAAGUUUGGGGAUGAUCUUGCACGCACACUGCCAGUCAGUGACGAGAAGAUUGAGCUCAACAAAACACCACUCCACCCUCUCCCAGCCAUGGAUAUUGAUGAGUCUACAAUCGUUGGUGGGGCCGAGGUUGUGGAAACAAUUUUUGACAUACUCGGGAUUCGCAAAGUGAAGGGCUGGCUUGGGACCAUCAAGUUUUUUUGUGGCGAUCAGCUUACUAUCGCUCAGCUACGGGCGCUUGUCAAUAUUUGGGCUGGCCAUGAGGGAGGCUAUUCAGGCUUUGGGUGGGGCGUUUGGAUGCCAGGACUUUUCCAUGCGAAGAUGGCUGAUGUCCAUGGCUGUCUUCUGACACAUUGGGGGAAACCGUCUGCAGGAACUCAAAAUCCAGGAUGCUUGGCCUUUCACAACACAGUUCUCCAACGUAAGCCCAUCACCAUUACAUCCCCCCCACCCUUUCGCACAUGCCGUGAUCUUAUCUUUGUGUCACUCUAUGCCCGGGUCCUGCACUGUCUGCUUCUUGUCUCAAAGAAGGCAUCUCUCAAGGAGUGUCUCGAGGAUUUGACAUGGGCCCAACUUGAACUCUACUCAACAGAAAUCCUCAAGAAAUUUGGAAGUGCGGACAUUGUUUCUGAGCUGAGACAGAAGCGGAAACAAGCUGCAGCGAAGCUGACCACAGAGACGCCAGUGCAUGACGGUGACAUGGUGUUCGAAAAUGCUGUUCUCUUCUUUCGCGAUGCUCUUCUCUCGCGUGAGUUCACGGAUGCUGUCAAAUCUGGGGACUCAGGCCGAGUUUUAUUAGUUCUGAAAACCUGGGCGCUUAGCUUUCGGGGAAGUGGCCAAACAAAAUAUGCACAUGAAAUGUUGCAUUUAAUCCAUAACCUUACCCAUGUAUGGCCCAGGGAAAUCCGAAACAUCGUCCUCAAUAACUGGUUGAUAAGUCCCACUGGGAACCCAAAUUCAUGGAUCGAGGUUGACCUUAUGCAGGAACACAUGAAUUUUUGGAUUAAGAAUUUCUACCGAGCCUAUGGCAGCUCUGCAUCAUGGGAAUGGCUCGAAAUGGUGGCCCCAUGUGUUGAGAUCCUUCGACAGCUUGCUCGUGGGUUUAAACAGAUGCUCGGGUCGGACUUAGGGACUGCCCACCAUCCUAUGGACUUGUCCCAUGAUCUGCCUGAUCUCAUGGAUAAUGAGGAUGAUGCCCCAGCAGUCGAUAUCAUUUCCUCUGGGCUCAAGGAUCUUCUCAAAGGAAAAGAAAGUCCUUUAGUCAACUAUAAUGACGCAUUCCAUCACCUCCAGGCAAGACGUUGCCUCAAACCAUUGGUGGGAUCCGAGUCGGAUGAGGACGAGGCUCCUGCUGCUCAGACAUCACUUGCGACCACUGUCGAAGUUCUUCGACACUCGGAGGAUCCCGAACUCGAGGAUCCAGGAUCGCAGGAAGGUAGUUCAGAUGACUUCAACUUCAACUCCGGCUCGGAAAACUCAGAUGACGAAGAGUCCGAGCACCCCGGUGAGUUCCUACAAGAGUUUGAAGACGGGAAUGUCCAAGAAUUAUCCCUCGAGUCUGCAGCGGAUGUCUGCCUUGACAUGGAUGCUGAAGAUCUUGCCACACUUGACCGAGAUGUUGACUUGGAGCAUGAACAUGACUCAGAUUUGGACACUGAUGAAGAAGGAGGCUUUGUUUAA